CCCAGGAUAUAGCCCGAGGGUCUCUCCCGCCUCAAUUUCAAAGCAAUGAAGACCAGUGGCUACAAUUCAAGGAUUAUAAUGGGGUAUGACCCACUUAUUAUCCUCUACUUUUACUCGGAGCAGGCAAGCUACUGAGAGAGAGCAAACUGGGAGCUCAAACAUGGAAAUUCCCCUUCUCUCUCAACGCAUUUCGGCCCCCUUCGGCUCCAUAUCCCAACUCUCUUCUCUCUCCACUCUUCCUGGUAAAAGGCUUCUUCAUUUGAGAAAUCAGAGAUUAUCAGUUAGCUGUUGCGCCUCCGCCAUUCCUCCACAGUUUGAGGCAGUGGAUUCAUCACUAAAUGAUAAUUAUGAGUUUGAUGGGAGGAGACAGUUGAUGGGGUUCUUUCUUGUAGCAGCUACUGCCUUUUCGCUCUCUGACAUGGCCGGGGCUGUUUCAACAAGUAGAAGAGCGCUUAGAGGAGCGAAGAUACCUGAAAGUGAAUACACGACACUUCCAAAUGGACUUAAGUACUAUGAUGUGAAAGUCGGAGGUGGACCUAAAGCUGUGAAGGGAUCACGUGUUGCAGUUCACUAUGUUGCCAAAUGGAAGGGCAUUACCUUUAUGACUAGUAGACAAGGUCUUGGUGUUAGUGGCGGAACUCCUUAUGGAUUUGAUGUUGGGCAAUCUGUAAAUGGAUCUGUCCUUAAAGGAUUAGAUCUUGGGGUUGAAGGCAUGCGAGUUGGAGGGCAGAGACUGCUAAUUGUCCCCCCAGAGCUUGCUUAUGGAAGUAAAGGAAUCCAAGAAAUUCCUCCGAAUGCAACACUCGAGGUAUUGGAUGUGGAACUACUUGCUAUCAAACAAAAUCCAUUUGGGUCUGCUGUGAAACUUGUAGAAGGAUGAACAGUAAUGUCUUACAUCCAACAGAUUCUAAGAUAGCACAGCCUCCAUCUGACAUGAUGAAUUGUUUCAUAUUAUUGGAGAUGAUUGGUUUGUCAGUUAAUUUCUCCAUCAAAAAUUUUGAGAGUUAAAAGAGAGCUUCCUGUAUUCAUCUCAAGAUCAGCCCCUAGAAUAUGCAUAACAAAUCACACAUACAAUCUAUACAUGGAAAACUUUAUUGUGGUAAUUUUGAUUCCUUGCUCAC